GCAUUGAUGUUGCGAAAGAAAAUGAAAGUAGAACAUGCUACUGGAAGUUGAUGUUUGAGGCUUGAAAAAUGACAGAGAAUGUGAGAAGUCAGUUGAUAGUUAUUCUAGAUACCAAUCCAGUAUGGUGGGGUCAAAAGCCUUCCUCUCACACGAAGGCCCAACAGAAGAUGACGUUGACAGAGUGUUUAGAUUCUGUUAUGGUGUUUGCUCACUCUCACUUAAUGAUGAAUCAUUCCAACAAACUGGCCGUAAUAGCUGCCCACUCUGAUCAAAGUGUAUUUCUAUAUCCCAAAAAUGUCCCCCCAACCCCCGAUCUGCCAGACUCAGAUGGUGUAGCAGAGGUGAAUGAUGGAAAAUAUGAACUGUUCAAUCAAGUCGACAAACAAAUUGAAGAGGGAGUGAAAAGUCUUAUAGAGAAUUGUAUGAAUGGUCAACUCUAUCCAGAAUCCCUGAUAGCAGGUGCCCUGACAAUGGCUUUGUGUUAUAUCAACAAAACCGAGAAAAGUCAUGAAGAAUCAGGAAUUCUGUCAAGUCGAAUUCUGGUUAUAAAAGGCUCUGAGGACAAUACAGAACAGUACAUGAACUUAAUGAAUGCUGUUUUCACAGCCCAGAAACAGAAUGUGGUUAUUGAUGCUUGUGUUCUUGACAAUGACUCUGGCUUGCUACAGCAGGCAUGUGAUAUAACAGGAGGCAUUUAUCUCAAGAUUCCUCAGAUGAAAGGACUGUUGCAAUAUUUGCUGUGGGUAUUCCUCCCUGACCCCUUAGAAAGACCGAAAUUGACCCUGCCCCCAAAAGUCCAGGUAGACUACAGAGCUGCCUGUUUUUGUCACCGGAAUCUCAUUGACGUUGGAUAUGUGUGUUCAGUAUGCCUCUCAAUAUUUUGUGCAUUCAGUCCAAUUUGUGGAACUUGUCAGACAACAUUUAAGAUAUUUGGUCCAUCAAAAGGAGUUAAGAAGAAAUCCAAAAAGCCAGGAUAAUGCAUCAUAAACCUCUGUCAUACCAUUUUUAUUGUACAAGUGUAAUGCUGAAGUUCUGUAAUAUUGAAGUUCUGCAGAAAUAUGUGUGUAUAAAUGUGUCAUAAAA